AUGCCGGACGCCGCCGCCCCGCUCCCCCGCCCGCAGGGCCGCGCCCGGGCCGCGCCCCAGGAGCGGCGGCGGAGGGUGGCCCCGCUGGCCGUGGCCCGGCCGGCCCGGGACGGGGACGAGCCACUGCUCAGGGGCAUCUUCGAGAUCGGCAAGAGGAGCUGCGACGUGGUUCUGAGUGCCCGGCGGCUCCGCUGGAGCCCCAUCCUGCCCGAGAGCCCCACAGGUGAUUCCAGUGUGGCUUUACAGGCUCAGGAGGAGAUUAUUGAAAUGAAAGAUGUAUUUUCAGUAAAACUGAAACGUCGUCGUUUUGCAGGGCAGAAGAAAGGUGGUACUUUGUUGGGUAUCACAAUUUUUAAAUGCUUGAAUAAAGAAGAGAAUAAGCUUACAGACUGUGCUAUCCAUUUAAAUAACUUAAGUGAAGAUCAUUGUCAGUCAUGGUUUAGACAUCUGAAGGAGAUUUUAAAUGGUUUUCAAACCAGACCUAAAUCCUUGAAAGUGUUUGUUAAUCCAAGCAGCCACAAAAGAGAAGCUACUAACAUUUAUUAUGAAAAAGUUGCACCUCUUUUUAAACUUGCUGGCAUAAAAACUGAUGUCACAGUAACUGAAUAUGAAGGACAUGCUCUCUCAGUGCUUAAAGAAUGUGAACUGCAGGCAUUUGAUGGGGUAGUUUGUGUUGGUGGAGAUGGAUCUGUCAGUGAAGUUGCUCAUGGGCUACUGCUUAGAGCCCAGAUAGAUGCUGGGAAAGACACAGAAUAUGUAUCAAAGCCUGUCAGAGCACCGGUUCCUCUUGGAGUAAUACCAGCAGGUACUACAAAUAUUUUGGCCCAUACACUCUAUGGUAUUAAACACGCAGUGACAGCGACAUUGCACAUUGUAAUGGGACACAUUCAAGCAGUAGAUGUGUGUACUUUCAGCACUCCAAGCAAGCUGCUGCGCUUUGGGUUCUCAGCCAUGUUUGGGUUUGGGGCGAGGACGCUGGCUUUGGCAGAGAAGCACCGCUGGAUGCCCUCCAGCCAGAGGAAGGAUUUUGCUUUCAUCAAAACCCUGGCAGAUCUCAAGCCAGAGGAAUGUGAAUUAUCAUUUCUCCCUCUACAAAUUCUGCAGGAGGACACUCAUGAGAAGGACAGAAAGAAGAAAGAGAGAGCGGAAAAAGGUAGCAAGGAUCAAUGGCAGAAAAUUCAGGGUCACUUCCUGAAUGUGAGCAUUAUGGCAAUCCCUUGUCUGUGUUCAAUGGCACCAAGAGGCUUGGCACCUAAUACAAGGUUGAACAAUGGAAGCAUGGCUCUUAUUGUUGUACAAAAUACUUCUCGAACAGAGUUUAUAAAGCAUCUGAAGAGAUACAGCAGUGCAAAAAAUCAGUUCAAUUUUCCCUUUGUGGAGACCUACACAGUUCGAGAAGUAAAAGUUCAACCAAGGCUUAAAAGUGGACCUGAUGCCAAGGAAAAUAUGUGUCUGAAUGCAGAAGGAAACUACCCUUGGAAUAUAGAUGGAGACUUAAUGAGGGAAGCAUCAGAAGUUCAUGUUCGGGUGCAUCCUCAACUUAUUGAUCUUUAUGGAGUGAACACUGAUGACCUGGAGAGUUCCCAAGUGACGUGCAACUGCAUAUAGAAGGGACACACUGGAAAUUCUGUAAUAUAGAAUCCUGUUCUCACCCCUAUGCACAGCUUUCCAAGGUCUAGACUUGUACUGAUGUCAGUUUAGCAGAAGUUUAAUUGGUAAGGGUUUGUUCUAAUUUUAGGUUUAAAUUGUUAUUAAAUUAUAUAUGUUAUCAGGGAAGAACCAUACCUCUACUCACCAGCUCUAGUUGAAGAAUAAAAAAUAUAAAAAUGGCAAAAUAAAAAUGUAUGCAUUUAUUUUUUUAAUAAAGUACUUCUAUUUCUAGUUAUGAUGUUUAAUGUUGCCUUAAUAUAUUUGCUCUCAAAAUGUUUCUAGUCAAAUAAUAUAAAAGAAUAUGUUGAUGUGCUGUUUGGCUUUCCUUUGUUAAAACGUACUUUAAAAACUGCUCUUUGUAUAAAAUUAGUAUUUGCUCUGUCUUAGAACUGAAACAUUAUUCAGCAUAGUUUUUGUUGUUGCUGAGACUAAAGUUGUGAUAAAUAAGAGUUGACUUAAAUUUUUAUAAUUUCCUUGUAAAACAUAAUGUUUGAGUGUUUGUGGUUUUUUUGGUAAUUUACUUAAUAUUGAAGACAAUUAUUUCAGAGGACAGCAAAUGAAGACUCUUUUUUUCUGGGAACUGGCUUCCUUUGAGAUGAAAAGUAGCAACCAUGUUUUUCUGUUUGCAGGACCAUCGAUAACGAAUGUUUUCCUGGUCACUCCUCCGGGAGUCAUUCAGGAGGCAGUGCACAAAUGAAAGCUGCAUUGUGUCAGGGCAAGAGUGAGUUGUUUUAGGUGCUUUCUUCAGGAAGCAGUUGAGUGUAAUGUGAAAUCCAGUCUUUUUAUGAUGUUGCUAAAUCAAGGGCUUUAAGCCUUUGCAAGAGAUCUAUAGCUACCAUGAUUUUAACUAGCUGUAAAAAUUCUUAUCUGUGAUAAAUACACAGGUCUGAGUACUGCACCCAAAUUACUGCAGAUGAGGAUUUGGCUCCUAAACCCAAGCAGUUGCCUGUUGUCCAAAUUACAGGGAGCAGUUUCCACUUAAAAUUCAUAUUCUAUCCCAUCAAGUAUUUUUAACAUGCUAAGGUAAUUCAAAUUAAGCUUAAGUUGUUUAAAAAGGUAUUCCAGCAACAUUUAGUAGAUUUAACUUAUUUAUUAAAUGAAAUUUAACAAAAGAAUUGAAUUUGCAGAACAAACAGCAUUCAUCUGUUUAACUUGUUUGGGGUUUUUUUAAUAAAAUGCAACUGAUUAAUACUUUAUAAUCUUGCCACCAUCAGAACAUUGUACAUUCAUUUGUUGUCAACCUGGUUUUUAAAAGCUUCAUAAUUUUGCUUCAUAUCCUAAGAAAAGGGAGCCAACAUAUACAUGUUAACAAUCAAACCUGAAUAAAAAGUGUAAAAUUUCCAAGGCAUCAUUAUCACAUGUACUGAGUUAUGUAAACUAUUUCAAAGAUAAAUAAAAUACUUUGGUUUCA